UAGUCUCGUCAGUAGUUUGGAGUUGUUUCCGGCAACAUCGAAAUAGCAACGUUAACGUUAUCUAGUUAAGCUAGGCUUGUAAGGCAAUUAAAAAUCAAAUAUAGGCGAUUUAUUUCUUUCGAAGGAUUAAUAUCGUAUUUGGUAUUGAUACAGGGGUUACGAUAUGUUAGAGAGUCAUGCGUGAUGUCUUUUUGUUGUGUGAUUGGCAUUCUUGUUCAGCAAACGACAGGGAGAUUAGCAAGAUGAAAAGCUUUAGCGUGCCACACUGUUGCUAGGCAACAGAAAUCACCACUGGAUGUCUGAGGGAUAUACAGUAGGCACCAUGUUGGUCCCCAUAUUUACUCUGAAGCUGAACCACAAGAUUAACCCUCACAUGGUGACUAUUGGGAAAUUUGAUGGAGUCCACCCAUGCCUAACUGCAGCUACACAGGCUGGAAAGGUUUUUAUCCACAACCCUCAUGCUCGUGGUCAGAGACCUGUGGCCCACCGACUGAGCCAGAGCACCCAGGACUCUGACAUCUCACUGCUCAACAUCAACCAGGCAGUCACUUGUCUGACGGCAGGAAAUCUUGGACCAGACACCACUGGGGACACAUUGUUAGUGGGAUCCCAAACCAACCUGCUGGCCUAUGAUGUCCACGACAAUGCUGAUGUAUUCUACAGAGAGGUGACCGAUGGGGCCAAUGCUAUCGUUUUGGGGAAACUUGGGGACAUUGCUUCUCCUCUUGCCAUCAUUGGAGGGAAUUGUGCCUUGCAAGGCUUUGACUAUGAGGGAAACGACCACUUUUGGACAGUAACUGGAGAUAAUGUCAGAUCUCUAGUGCUUUGUGACUUCACUGGGGAUGGGAAAAAUGAGCUCCUGGUAGGAUCUGAGGACUUUGACAUCCGAGUGUUCAAAGAGGAUGAGCUUGUGUCUGAGAUGACUGAAAAUGAGACAGUAACAUCAUUGUGCCAUAUGCAUGGCAGCAGGUUUGGCUAUGCCCUGGCUAAUGGCACUGUUGGGGUCUAUGACCGCAACGCCCGCUACUGGAGGAUCAAGUCUAAGAAUCAUGCAAUGAGCAUCCAUGCCUUUGACCUGAAUGCUGAUGGGGUUGUGGAGCUUAUCACUGGAUGGUCCAAUGGAAAGAUUGAUGCUCGUAGCGACCGCACAGGCGAGGUCAUUUUUAAAGACAACCUCUCCUCUUCUAUAGCAGGAGUGGUGGAGGGAGACUACAGGUUGGAUGGACAGAAACAACUCAUCUGCACCUCUAUAGAGGGAGAGGUCCGUGGUUACCUGCCAGCCAGUAAGGACCUAAAAGGGAAUCUCAUGGACUCCAGUGCUGAACAGGACCUCAUUAGAGAGCUCAGCCAACGCAGACAGAAUCUGCUGCUUGAAUUGCGGAACUAUGAAGAGAAUGCCAAGGGUGUGUCAGAGACUAACAGUGGGAUGGGUGUAAUACCAGCCAACACUCAGGUCCAGACAGCACUAUCAGUGAGACCUGCUACAGAGGUCCAGAAGGCUCAUGUAGAGCUCAGCAUUUCAACACCAAAUGAAACAAUUAUCCGUGCAGUGCUCAUCUUCGCAGAGGGAAUAUUUGAGGGUGAGAGCCAUGUUGUCCACCCCAGUGCCCAGAACCUGUCAGGCUGUGUCCAAGUCCCCAUCGUCCCGCCAAAAGACAUACCAGUGGAUCUGCACAUUAAAGCUUUUGUUGGAGGGAAAACUAGCACACAGUUCCAUGUGUUUGAAAUCACUCGGCAGCUGCCUCGUUUCUCCUUGUAUGACAUCAAUUUUGACUCGUCAGCUGCACCGCCCACUGGAAGGGUCACCUUCAGCAUCAAUGACCGACCACAGCGGGUGGUGAUGUGGCUGAACCAGAACUUCCUGCUUCCAGAGGGAGUAGAGAGUCCUGAUGUCACUUUUAAUUCACUAAGAGGAGGGGGACUAUUGUCCAUUAGCAUGGCCAGCAAUGGACAGAUAACUCUGAAAACCGAUGACAUUGACCUGGCCGGAGAUCUGGUCCAAUCAUUGGCCUCCUUCCUGGCAAUAGAGGACCUGUCAGCAGAAGCAGAUUUCCCUGGAUACUUUGAGGAGCUACGCACUACGCUCACUGAGGUGGAUGAGUUCCACUCUGUCCAUCAGAAGUUAACUGCAGCUAUGGCCGACCACUCCAACUACAUCAGGAACAUGCUUGUGCAAGCAGAGGAUGCUCGUCUUAUGGGUGACAUGACAACUAUGAAGAAGCGUUACAGAGAGCUGUAUGAUCUAAACAGGGAUCUUAUCAAUGAGUAUAAGAUUCGCUCAAACAACCACAAUGCCCUACUGGCCUGCCUCAAGUCUGUCAACCAGGCAAUACAGCGGGCUGGUAGACUCCGAGUGGGGAAGCCCAAGAACCAAGUAGUCUCUGCCUGCCGAGAUGCCAUCAAAAGCAAUAACGUCAACUCACUCUUCAGGAUCAUGAGAGCUGGCACUGCAUCCUCCUGAGGGUCGAAGGAGGGCGGGACGCAGGAAUGGGCCAAUAGAUUGAAAUAGAGAGGGUUGCUCAUAAACACAGCUGAUGAGUACUGUAAUAGUGAACUUCAUCUGUGUCAAGCAUGGCACCAGCAAGGAGUGAGCCUAGGCCAAGAAAUAUGUGUGGACUUAAAAGCAGAACACACUAUGACUCUGGAAUGGGCACACUGUUGUAGCCUUAAUCCAUCUUUUCCAUUACUUAGUUUUAAUCAACAACCUGGCAACAACACAGGCACCACCUCCUUGAAACUUGAAAUUCUGUGAGCUCAGAAAUAAAAAUGCUGACUACAGGCUUAACUCACUGGGAAAGUCGUCAUCCAUCUCAGUCUAGCUCUGUGGCUGUUUUGGAGGAGCUGAUUUUGUGCAGUCCAGCUUUGCGAGACGAGUCAAAAUUAGUUUGAGAUCAGCAAGUAGGAGUGAAACAGCUGUUGUUUCAUAGAGUUCAGCUGUAGCAAAACAGGAGGUCGAGACUUUUCGCCAAACCGUUCCUCAAAAGCAACGAAACAAAUAGUCUGCGUUCAGUGAUGCUUUAGAAUAAUUAAUUAUACUUCAUUGAUCUAAAAGGUUCAUAUUGCUGCUGUCCAAAAUUAUUGCAAUAAAAACAUUUUUUUCAUCAGUUACACACACACAUAUACUAUCUGGUUUGAGUGUACCUCUGGUUGGAUUUUAAUGUGGAAGCUAGAAUUAGUGUGUAUAAAAACAGUGAGGCCAGUUCUCUUUAUAAAACAGCAGCCAAUCAUUUUAGUCUCCUUUUAUAAUUUAUUGGAUAUCUUCAUCUGUUUAAUGGUAUGAUUGUAACUUUCAAACUGCAGAACAGAUUUUAAGCAUCCAUAACUUUAGCAAAGGUACAGCUAAGUUUCCAUAAACGCAACAAGUCAUGUAGGCUGGAUAUUUAUGAAAGACAUCGUAGGCAUCUGGAAAUUGGUUUCAAGUUUUCAUAGUAUUUAUUUAUUAGGGUAAUGUUACUCACUACUCACAGUUGCUUUACAGUGGCAGCCACUUAGCAGCUGUGGAGCAGUUGAGGGUUUAGUGCUUUGCUCAAGGACACUUCAUCUUUAAUUCAUGGUGUUUUCAGUCACUGGACUUUGUUGUGUAUUUUAAAAGUAUCUUAUGAACUUCUUGGAUACAGGAAUGUUGUUCUACAACAUAUUUGUGAUCUCUUCUUAGUAAAAUAAAGAGUGGUAAGAUAUUCCUUAGACAGAAAAUAGCAGCGAAUCAAGAUGAAAAGAAAUGUGAAUUUAUAGUGUAUAUAUACUUAUGGACCGUUAGGCUGGUCAUUGGAACACUCACUAUGCAGUCCAAAGAGGUGUUGAUGCAAAUAAAGGAGGCCAUUAUUUAUCAUUAGGCUGAAAAAACAAAACUAACCUAUCA